GGGGAUAUUUUACAGUGCGCUGCGCCGCAGGGAGAGCCCACAGUUCCGCCUCGCGAUACAGCACUAGCUGCGCUGCAUCUCGCCGGCCACUCUUUUACAUUCCAGCAACAUUUUUCUUAUACUGCCGUAAAGCAGUGCUCUUAUAAUCAUACUGAACAGAUUGAAAUGGCUUCGUAAAACCGAAACACGAUCCAUCGUUCGUGCUUCUGCUUAACCGGUGAAGGAAAAACAUUCCCUUAACCACCGCGUCUCCGCCUUUCCUCGUGUGCAGCGCUUCAGGAGGACUACUACCAGAGCUGCACUCAGUCAUAUGAUCGACAAUUAUAGCCUGGGAGUGAUCAAAGAAGCAAUACGCUCUUACGGAAAGACGUCAGGUUAAAGAAAAUGCCGUGGGAAAUGAAUAAAUAAAUAAUUUCUACGCCACUUUAAAACUGCCAGGGAUUGUUUCCUGUCGACACAAUCAUAUAAAGAGGAUGGCUUCUAAGGAUAAUCGAGAGGAACAGCUAAAAAAGCUCAUCGUAAGACUUAAAAACACACAGGAAGAUAAACCGAUAGAAACUCUCAUUCAGAUCCUUGAAGACUUGCUUUUUCUCACUUUUGCCGAGGACCGUGUUGAAGAACUUUUUGCCGAAAAACAACUCCACGAUCCUCUAUCAACAGUGCUGAAGACCUUCAUCGAUAAUGCGGGAGUUCAACAGGUUGGAUGGUCUUUACUUUGCAGACUGAUUGAAAUUUGUCCAUCAACUCUUGACAAAUUGAGUGCCUCAAAGAAUGUAUCCAGUAUACACAUACAGAUUCUCAGGAUAUUAGCUGUGCACAGUGGCCAUGUUAAACUGAUGAUGAUUGGCCUAAGAGCUUUAUCACUUCUUCUGCAUUCAGAUGCUAUUGUUUUACUGACUUUAGAUGAUGAGGUGGAUGUUUUCUAUCUGAUUGUGAGUGCAAUGAACACUUUCUGCUUCAAUGAAGAAGUUCAGUUAUAUGGAUGUAAGUCUUUGCAGCUUCUUUUAGAAAGAGUUGCAGAUGAGCAUUUAAUUGAAUUUGUUGAAACGGGAGAUCACAUGGCAAUUCUGAAUGCUAUUAAACAGUUCCAAAAUAAUGAAGACACUGUGCUGCAAGCAUUGAAGGCCUUACUUCCUCUGGCUGGUCCAAUUAGCAAUGUGGAAGUUCUGAUGUCCGGAAAUGAAAGAUGCUACAGCUUGAUAAUGAGCGCAAUGGAAUCUUUCUCAAAAAAUGAAAAAGUACAGGAAAUUGGUUGCUGUUUGUUCCAGAAAUUUACAUCAGAAAGUUUUCACAACAUUCUUGUACUUAAUGGAGUUCAUAAAUUUAUUAUCAAAGCGGCCAUGAUGUACCAGACUAAUGCAAAACUGCAAGCAUCAGCUCUCAUGUGCCUGGCUUCUCUCACUGAAACAAUAGUUUUAAACAAAGAUUUGAAUGAGUACAAAGAGGAAGAUGACUUGUGCUGGAUUGAUGUAUGUUGCAGAGCAUUGGAUUUACACAUUGGCAGCAAAGAGGUCCAGGCUGCUACUUCCUGGGCAUUGAAUAACCUUCUUGUUUAUGAGAGUAAGCUUCAUGAAAUGUUUGGAGAUGAAGAUGGAAGGUAUCCUGUACAUCUGCAGGUGAUGGCUGCUAUGCUUUUACAUUCAUCUUCAAAAGAAGUGUUUCAGGCUACAGCAAACACUCUGGCGACCAUGGCAGGAAAAAAUGUUAAAAUCAGAUCAGUCCUUUUAUCCAGUGGGAUACACAUUAACAUUUUUGAACUAAUGAAGAAGCACAUUGGCUUUCCAGAAGUGGCAGAGAGUGCAUGUCGGCUUUUGUACAGUCUGUUCCAAGUGAAUGUGGCAUGCCUUGAUGUGGCUACCAUGGCCAUGGCUGAGAUUCUGAAUGCUAUGAAAGUCCAUAAGUGUUCUCCUUCAGUUCAGCUUGAAGCCCUUCGUGCUGCCUUGCUCUUUGUCAGUUCUGACAGAAGUGGAAAAACAAAGAUGCCAUUACAGUGUGACAUGGAAGAAUCUGAUAUGAUCAAUGUUACCUUAAAAGUGAUUAAAAACCAAUGUGUUUUAGAAGGAGCGCAUACCCUUGUCCUUGAUACUCUUAACAAGUUUAUUGGGAGCCCAGUCAUUCAGGACUGUGGAUUGCGUGUUCUUUGUUCAUUGGUUGAUUGUUCUGGAGCACUGGAGCUAAUGGCUCAGCAGGGGGCAAUUGACACCAUUCUACACACUUUGCAGAUGUACCCAGAUGAAAAAGAAAUCAACUGGUUAGGUCUUAAUCUCCUCUGUUGCCUUUUUCCGAAGAAGAAGCUCUCCCUGGGAACAAUUGCUAUCUUGUGUUCAGUUUUGGCUAAGUCAUUACUUCGAUUCAGAGAAGUGUUAGAGGUGCAGCUAUGGGGAUUUAGAGCAGUACUAGCUUUGCUUGAAACAUCACCAGCAUCUGCUGAGCAGCUAGAAAGAGAAUCAUUUGAUUUGUUUAUCUUUCAACAAGUGAACUUCAGUCCCUUUGAUGAAAGAUUUAACCAGAUGCAGAAGUUGUAUUGUAUGUGUCUUUCAAUGUUAGCAACUGAUGGAGAGAUUAGACAUCUCAUGCUUGAAAAGGCUUGUGCAGAAGAUAACUUUGUUAUGGCAGAAUGUUUAAUACAUCUGGGUGCCGACGUCAAUAAGAAAACAAAGAAUGAAUCAUUGAUUUAUAAGGUUUGUGAAAAAGAGUGUAGUUCAGAAUUAGUAGAGUUGCUUUUAAACAGUGGGACACAUGAACAGGACAUUCGAAAGGCUCUAUUCAUCAGUGUUAAGAAGCGCAAUAAUUUAAUUAUUAGCUUAAUAUUAAAGAAACUUGGCCUUGAUCAAGCAAACAGCGCAAUUUGUUUAGGUGGGUUUCGACUGGGAUAUCUUGAGUCAUCCUGGCUAAAUCCCUUAUUUUCUGAGCGCAAGACACUUAAUUUCAGACAGCAAACAAGCAAAGGAAUGUCUUUAGCUCGAGUAAUUAUGAAAUAUCAGAAACAAAGAAACUUGUCUAAGUCUGUGACAAGCAAUCCUGAUACCUUUGUCUCUGGAUACAUGUCAGAUGAAGCUGAUGACAGUGGCUUUGUGACAGAGGGCAGCAGUGUAUUUAUGAAUGAAGAUAUUGAAAGUGAUGAGAGUAGUGGAAUACUCUAUCGCCUUAAAAAAACCCAGUCUGAUUCUGUAACUGAAUCAUCCUCCCUGCGGCAUCGGAGGAGUAGGCGACCUUCUUCUGAGGUCGAAAUGGCAGAGUCUGAACCAAAUCCAUUGUUUCAGAUGAAAUACUUAAAGGCCUCAACCAGCCAAAGAAGCAAGUAUACCUCACCAUCUAGAUCACCUGAACUGUCAUCGUUAUUAGGAAUAGAGAAGGAGUGCAUAAAAUUGCUUGACAUUUCUGGAAAUGACUUGGACAACGUGAAUGCUUUUUGUGGGAAAACAACCUUGCAUUGCUAUCUUGAACAAGUACAAAGACUGGAGCUACACCAUAACAACUUAUCAGAGUUUCCAGAAAAGCUUUGCGAAGUUAUGAAGCAUUUGACACAUCUUGAUCUUCACAGCAACAGAUUUACAACAUUUCCAUCUUACAUGAUGAAAAUGCCAUGCCUUAUCUAUUUGAAUAUUUCAAGAAAUGAAAUUGCAUCUUUAACCCUGGAUUCUAAGAUAAGAUCUUCAAGUUUAAAACAGCUGGUUCUGUCAUUUAACAGUAUUUCAUUUUUGCCUGACAAUCUUGGCAGAGUUUUAAAAAACCUCGAAGAGCUGCAACUGGAAGGGAACAAAUUGUCAGACCUAAACGUUCACCUGUUCCUGUCAGAGCUCAAACUCCUGGAUAUUAGCAAAAAUAAUAUUUCUGUGAUUUCUGAUAAUGUGCUUUCUGAUUGCCACAGACUGGAAAUGCUCAACGCUUCAAAGAACACACUGUGUUCUUCCCCAAGGUUACCACUAAAACUAACAAGUUUAAAUCUGUCUUACAACAAGUUCACAUGUGUUCCAGAUGUUGUUCUUCAUCUUCCCUACCUGAGAUCAGUGGAUAUGAGAAACAACGAUAUAACUUUACUUCCUGGGCCUUCACACUGGGAGUCAGUCAACUUAAGAGAACUGAUUUUCAGUUAUAACCAAAUUAGUGUUCUGAAUCUUGAAGAAGGUGUAUUCAAAUGGUCAAGACUUGAAAAACUGCAUCUCUGUAAAAAUAAACUGAAGGAGAUUCCUCCACAAAUUGGACUUUUAGAAAAUUUAUCAUCUUUUGAUGUCAGCAACAACUCUGAUUUAAAAUGUUUCCCAGAUGAAAUGGGAAAGCUAGAACGUCUUUGGGACUUACCUCUUGAUGGUUUACAGCUUGAUUUGGACUUGAAGCACAUUGGAAGUAAAACAAAAGAUAUAAUAAGGUUCCUUCAGCAGCGUCUGAAGAAGGCUGUACCCUACUAUCGCAUGAAGUUAAUGCUAGUGGGAAACACAGGAAGUGGAAAAACUACCCUACUACAUCGAUUAAUGAAGCUGAAACGCUUGCGUUCUCGCUCAGAAAGGUCUACAGUUGGGAUUGAUGUAAAGGACUGGAAAAUUCAAGACAAAGGAAAAAAGAAUAUUGUUUUAAAUGUCUGGGAUUUUUCAGGUCGAGAAGAGUUUUACAGUUCUCACCCUCACUUUAUGACACAGCGUGCUUUGUAUCUUGUUGUUUAUGAUGUGAGUAAAGGUGUAACUGAAGUGGAUGCAAUUAAGCCCUGGCUGUUUAACAUUAAGGCUAGAGCCCCAUCAUCUCCAGUUAUACUAAUUGGCACUCACACAGAUGUGAGUGAUGAAAAGCAUCAGGAAUCAUGUACAUGGAAAAUAUCAAGUGAGCUACUGAAUCAUUUUGGUUUUCCAAUUAUCCGAGAGCAUCAUCUUAUAAAUGCGAAAGAUGAGUCUGACUCCAUAGGGAAGCUUCGGAAGGCCAUAGUUAAAGAGAUCAUGAACUUUAAGAUUCGAGACCAACCGGUAAUGGGCCAACUGAUCCCAUAUAGUUAUUUGGAACUUGAAAAAAGAAUUCUGCAGGAACGGAAGAAAGUGGCUGCCGAGUUCCCAGUCAUUUGCCACAGUCACUUACUGGACAUAGUAGUGGAGAACCAGAUUUUACUAGAGGAAAAUGAACUUUCUCAUGCUGUUCACUUCCUGAAUGAGUCUGGUGUUCUCCUCCACUUUGAAGACCCAGCACUGCAGUUUAGGGAUCUUUAUUUUGUGGAUCCCCAGUGGUUAUGUAACAUAAUUUCACAGAUACUAACCAUUAAAGGUGGUUCAAAUUCUAAGUUCCCCAAAGGAAUUAUUCAGCGUUCAGAUGUGGAAAAAUGUAUUCUUCAACACAAGAGCUUUCCAAAGAAUUACAUAUCACAAUAUUUCAAGCUGCUUGAAAGGUUUCAGAUUGCGCUGCCUUUGGGAGAAGAACAGCUUCUUAUUCCCAGCAGCUUGUCUGAUCAGAAGCCAGUGAUAGAGCUUCCCCAUAGUGAAAAUUCAGAGAUCAUAGUGAGGCUUUAUGAGAUGCCCUACUUUCCUAUGGGAUUCUGGUCCAGGCUAAUCAACCGUCUGCUUGAAGUUUCUUCUUUCUUCUUUACAGGAAGAGAAAAAGCUCUUCGUCUCAAUAGGAUGUACUGGAGACAAGGUAUAUACCUAAACUGGUCACCAGAAGCAUAUUGCCUAGUUGAGUCAGAUAUACUGGAUAAUGAAGCGGAGAGUUUCCUCAGAAUCACAGUGCCUUCAGCCCAAAGAGGUCGAAUUUUGCUGGGGCAGAUUGUGGACCACAUUGAUUCUCUUUUAGAAGAAUGGUUUCCUGGACUUCUAGCUACAGACAUAUGUAGAGAAGGAGGGACACUUUUGAAGAAAUGGGCUGUAUAUAGUUUUGGAGAUGACCAGAGAUGUCAGAAAAUUCUUCUUGAUGAUCUCCUUGACUGUGCUGAUAAAGAUUGCCUUUUAGUUAAUCCAGAAGAUUCAAGAUCCACAGUUCCCAUAUCUCAGAUAGCUCCAGAUUUAAUUCUUGCGGAUCUACCUGAAAACAUUAUGCUUUUCAGUGACCAGCUAGAAAUGGACCUAACUGCAGAAUACCUCCUUGGUGAUGGAGGAUUUGGAUCAGUGUACCAUGCUGUGUAUAAAAAUGAAGAUGUUGCAGUGAAAAUAUUUAACAAACAUGCAUCAGAAAUGUAUCUACACAGACUGCUAAGACAGGAGUUGGCAGUUCUAAGUCAUCUGCACCAUCCUAGCCUUAUUUCUCUUUUAGCAGUUGGUUACCAACCACGUAUGCUCGUCAUGGAAUUGGCACCUAAAGGCUCCCUUGAUACAGUUUUCAACCAGAAAAAAGGCAACUUAAAUAGAACCCUCCAACACAGAAUAGCGCUGCAUGUAGCCGAUGGACUAAGGUAUCUUCAUUCAUCAAUGAUAAUAUACAGAGAUCUGAAACCUCACAAUAUCCUCCUUUUUAACUUUAAGACCAAUUCUGAGAUCAUUGCAAAAAUUUCUGAUUAUGGUAUUUCUCAGUACUGCUGCAGCAUGGGCAUUAAGACAUCAGAGGGCACACCAGGCUUCCGUGCACCUGAGGUUGCUCGUGGAAAUGUUAUCUACAACAAACAGGCAGAUGUGUAUUCCUUUGGGCUUCUUUUAUAUGACAUCUUAACAUGUGGUGAAAGGAUUUUGGAUGGUUUGAGAUUCCCCAGCGAGUUUGAUGAAAUAGCAGUGCAAGGAAACUUACCAGAUCCCGUGAAGCAUUAUAACUGUUCUCCGUGGCCACAAUUUGAAAGUCUAAUUAAAGAUUGUAUGAAAGAAAACCCUGAUGAAAGACCUACCUCUGCUCAGAUAUUUAAUAUUCUAAACUCAGCAGAGCUACUGUGUCUUAUAAAGGAAGUCAAAGUUCCUACUGAAGCACUUAAUGAAAAUGAUGUAGCCUCCAGUCUAAUAUGCAGUGGAGAAACAGCAUGGAUAGGAACUGGAAAUAAACAUAAAGGAAGAAUUUUACGGUUGGACAUGGAAACUGGCAAAUAUGAUAUCAAGCCUGCUGCUGACUGUCUGAUUACAUGCCUCACACUUGUCCAUCUUCCUGAUGAAGAAUCAGACUGGCUUGUCUUUGGUACAGAGUCUGGGAGGCUCCUGGUCUUCAGUGCGGAUAACUCUGUGGCUAAACAUGAAUUGCAAGAAAUGUCAAGUGCAAUCACUUCUCUGCUUUUUUACUCUCAUGCAAAACACAGCAAAGAGAUUAAUCUUCUUUUAGCUGGCACAGCAGAUGGAAGUCUAGCUGUUUUUAAUGAUGCUGCAAUCAAGUGCAUUGAAGGAAGACCACAAAAGAUUUUUCAUAUAGGAAAUGUCAACACACCAGUGGUGUGUCUGAGUGAAUUUGCUUAUUCUCAAGAUAAAAAUACCAUCUGGGCUGGCUGUGGAUCAAAGAUUGUUUCACUUACUAAAGACUUUGAAAUCUGGAAAACUAUUGAUACAAAACCAAAUUACCAGCUUCAGAAUAGAUCUUUUAGUGAAGCAAAUAUAACCACAAUGGUGAUUGAUAAAUACAUCUACUUAAGCAAACAAGGAAGUCACAUUGUGGAAAUAUGGGACAAGAAAACAGAAAAAAUGUCUGGACUUAUCAACUGUUCUGGUAUAAUAAAAGAUGAGUCAAAAAGAACCCCAAAACCUUUUCUGGUUGCUGAUGACCAAGUUUCCAGAGUUACAUCACUACUUCUUCAGCAAAACGUUACUCUUUGGAUUGGGACAGAAAGAGGACAUAUAAUAUUGAUAGAUUUAGCUACUCGCCAGCAUAUCAAAGUCAUUUCUGGCUUUUGGACUUCAGUCAUCUCCAUCACAGUUUCACAGAUGGAGCGAUGUGGCCCGAAAAAUUUUGUGGUCAUACUAGGUAAUCAUUGUCAUCGUACACAUGAACAGGUAGAAAGAAAAUUUCUUUUGUGUGCCUGGAACUGUGCCCUUCCACUUGAAGUGCAAAACUUGAAGAAGCAUGUUGAAACAAGAGAGCAAAUUGCAAAUAAAAUGAAGCUAGGUUCCAUUGAACAAAUUUAAGAUAGAAUAACUUCUUGGAUUCCAAAUCUCACCUGAACAAAUAUUUAUAUAUUUAUUGUACAUGAUUUUCCUUCAAAGUACAAUAAACACUGACUGAGGAGACAAAUUAAAAUUUAUUUUUGAAGAACAUUUUCUCAUUUGGGAAAUCAACAAUAAUUGCUAUGCUGUUAUUUAUUUCAAAUUGAAAUUGAUUUUUGUAAGAUUUGAAAACAUUAAUGGAUGUCUUAGAUUUCACAUUUGAAAACAACCUGAUACAUCUGCUGGUAUUUCUGCACUACUUUGGCUUGCCGUGGAGAGGGGACCCAAUCUCAGACAAGUUGCAUGGAUAGGCUACUGGUCCUUAGCAACUCUUAAUUGGGUAAUGUAUGUAAUAUAAUAAUUAAUAAAUAUUAGUGAAUUAUGUGGCACAGCGCUUUUUACUGAAACUGUUUUUUCUCAAUAUUUAUUUUUAUAUCCUUAAAGUUUCAGUCUGAAAUGUUUUUUUAGGAGUUGAUUUCAUCUCAGUACUGAAAUGUAAGCUGCUUUCAACAUUUCUACGAGCUGGGACAUUUGAGCAAUUUAGUCCAAUACCAGAAUCUAUCAAAACUCUAGUACAUGACAUGCAAAUGAUUGCAAAUGUAACAAAACACACGUUGGGAUGCCUUUUCCUAACUUGUAUACAGAGUGUCAAUAUCGAUGUUAUGAAGGAUUAUUCUGGACAAAAUGAAAAAGAAAUAAUUAAAUGUUGACAUACAGUAAGUAGAUUAGUGUAGAAUGUGGCACUGCCUCCUUAUUGCAUUGAACUCUAAGUUGAAUACCUGACCCCAGGGCACCUUCUGUUUGCCCAUUCUACUUUUGUAUGUGUGGUUCACUACAUGGAUUUCAGUUUGCUCCCAAAAUGCUCUUGCAUGAGCUACUCCUGCAGAAGACCACUAGAGCUCUUAAACUGGAUAAAAAUGACUAAGAAAAUGUAUGAAUUGAUAAAAGAGAUAUUAAUGUAAAAAGCAAAAACUGAAAUAAACAAGUGUUUCAAAAGUAUUGACUCUUUUUAUGAUUUUAAAAUUUUUAUCACUUUGCUUUUGAAAUUUCUCUUUUGUUCAUUUAAUUCUUUCCCUUCUUAAAUGUGAUGAGACAUAUGUAUUUUUGCUUUGUACAAUGAUAUUUAAGUGUAAGUGCUUGGUAAAAGUAACUUUUUGAUCUUUCUGUCUCAAAUGGCAAAUAUUUCCCUUAUGUGUUUUUGUAAUGAGAGGCAUUUUCUUUGUAAUAAUAAUAAAUGUGAACUGCAGUGCU